GUGAAGUCCCCGAUGCCAAAAUCCAUCCUCAAGAAAGCGUCUCCGAAGAGGCAGAUCGACAAGCCCAACACACUACAAAAGUCAACGCCGCGGCAGAUUGCCAAGCUGCGACAGGUGGGAGCAUUGGCUCGCGUUCCGGUGGAUGCAUUUGCAUCCCCUGAAGCACAUGUGAAGAGAGAGGAGCCAGAGACCCUAGGCGGGCGUCCGAAGAGGCGAAGGAUGCCCCCGCUUCAAAGCUGGCGAAAUGAGCGGGUGGUCUACGAACGGACGACGAGUUCCCGAACUCCCAGGGUCGUGGCGGUGGAGCUUGACAUGGCUCGCGCUUCCCAGGCCCCUGGUGGGAUGAGGCUUCCUGCUUUGCAGCUACCACUCUCCGACAUCGAAGCAUCAGAGUUCGCGGGCAUCACCACCAAGAGGAUGCAGAGCAAGGUCUACCAGUUGCCCUCCCAGGCAUCAGCCACGACCGGGCUCCCAUGCACGAUUGAGCUUUGCGGUCCCGGCGUGAUUCAUGUUCUGGAAGGGUCCCUGCGGUUUGCCAAGGAGACAGAUAAGAAGGAGAAGAUGGUGGAUGCUGGCACCACCAUUCUUCUGAAGGAUGCCUCCAGUCACUUGUUGGCUCCGGCCGACAAGGACGGAGAGAGCUCAGGAGUUCGCUUCUUCUGGGUGGGGAUAAGGUGA